CUUGACUUGAGUGUUAAAUUUUAAAUUGAGGUUAUGCUUAAGCUUAUCGCUUAUGAUAGGGCAAAGGACUUAAUAUUAUAACUUAUAGGUGAAAAUUAAUAAAAACUGUAAAAUUAUCUAUUUAUAAUUAUAAAAUUUCAUAAUAAGAAUGCUAAAGGGGCUUGUAAGUUUAGUUACUGGAGGAGCUUCAGGUCUUGGAAAAGCGACCGUGGAAAGGUUGAUUCAAAAUGGGGGCAAGGUUGUUAUAUUGGAUGUUCAAGGCACAAGGGCACAGGAGUUGAAAAAAAAGCUCGGGGAUGAUGUCCUUGUUUCUGUUGGUAAUAUAACAUCUGAAGAGGAUGUUUUAAAAGCGUUGGAUUUAGCCAAGUCGAAGUUUGGUAAAUUAGACACACUAGUCAAUUGUGCUGGUCACGCUCAAACAAGUCAGGUUUACAACUUCUUCCAGGACAAAGAAACAGAAAUGGAACAUUUUGUUAAUUGCAUAAAUGUAAACACAAUAGGCACAUUUAAUGUCAUAAGAUUAGCAGCAGGCUUAAUAGGCAAGAAUGAACCAACAGAAGAUGGUCAGAGAGGUGUUAUAAUAAAUACAGCAUCAACGAUAGCAUAUGAGGGUGAUAUAGGUCAAGCGGGUUACGCUGCAUCGACAGCUGCAAUAGUUGGAAUGACAUUACCGAUAGCGAGGGAUCUUGCUCCGAGGGGUAUCCGAGUUGUAACUAUAGCACCAGGAUUUUUUGACACACCCUUAAUAACAUAUUUACCAGAGAAGAUGAUUGAAUUCUUGAAACGAAUGACUCCAUUUCCAUCAAGAUUAGGCAAACCAUCAGAAUAUGCUCAUCUUGUUACUAGUAUAAUAGAAAAUCCAAUGUUAAAUGGUGAAGUUAUAAGGUUAGAUGGAGCUCAAAGGUGGUUCCCGCUAUAAAAAUAUGCUAGGAAACAGUGUUGAUUCUCUUGUACAUAGUUUAUAAGCUAAU